CCCCCAAGCGACAAUCCAUUGGCCUUUCUCAAUGGCGGCAUCCACUGCGUCGCCUUCCUUUCCCCCGCUCUUCUGCCGUCGAGCUACACGCGCAACUCCUCCUGCUCUCCGCCCCAUCUACGCCGUCUCCUCCGACUCCCCCGGCUCCUCCUCCGGCGAACCCCCACGCAAGCGCCGCGUCGACACCAGAAUCCACUGGUCCAGCCCCGACGAAGGCUGGGUCGGCGGCAAAACCAAGAAGCCGGACGGCGAUAACGAUGCUACUGCAACUAAGAAAGAAGAGGAACGCCUCGGAGAAAGAUUCGCCGACCUCAUCAACACAGCGACCACCUCCCACUAUCAGUUUCUGGGGGUGUCGGCGGAGGCGGACAUGGAGGAGAUCAAGGCGGCGUACCGGCGGCUGUCGAAAGAGUACCACCCGGACACGACGGCGCUUCCGCUGAAGUCGGCGUCGGAGAAGUUCGUCCAGCUACGGGAGGCCUACAACGUGCUGAGCGACGAGGAGCGCCGGCGGUUCUACGACUGGACGCUGGCGCAGGAGGCGGAGAGCCGCCGCCUGCGCCAGAUGAGGAUGGAGCUGGAGGACCCCUACGAGCAAGACGUCCGCGACUGGGUCUCCAUCCCCGACACCGUCGACCGCCUCGGCGGCAAGAACAUGAAGCUCAGCGACCAGGCCUUGACGGCGCUCACCGUCGACGUAGUAAUCAUUCUCAUCUCCAUCUGCAGCAUCAUCUUUGUUGUUCUAUUCAAGGAAUCAUAUUAAUAACAUAAAAAGAGACAUGAAUCUGUAAAAUCCAGUAAAUCCAAGUGAAUAAUUUGUCCUUUUUCAUUCA